GGCUCUAUAUAGAGUUAAGUUCCAUGGGCCAUGGAAUUAGUGCACAGUAGCUAACAAUGGAGAUUGAGGUAGAAGUUAUCUCCAAAGAGACAGUCAAACCCUCUUCUCCAACUCCGCACCAUCUUCACCAUUACCAAUUCUCCUUUCCAGAUCAAUUAUCUCCAUCUGUCUAUAUCCCUUUGAUCUACUACUACGAUAUUCUUGAUCACAAACUUGGCAACAGUGAUGUCUUCAGCAACCUGAAAUCAUCUUUAUCUAAGGUUCUCUGUCAUUAUUAUCCAUUAGCUGGCUGCCUUAAACACAACUAUGUAGACUGCAACGAUGAUGGUGUGGUUUUCUUGAAGGCUCAAGUCAGUUGCCAACUCUCACAAUUCAUCCAAGAGCCACUUCUUACUGAGCUCAAUAAAUUCCUCCCUUAUGAUCGUCAGAAACAAUAUGGGCUUGAAAAUUCAGUCCUUGCCAUCCAAGUCAACUUCUUUAACUGUGGCAGUUUUGCCAUUGGUGUGCUCAUUUCACACAAGAUUGCAGAUGCUUCAUCAAUGAUCACGUUUAUCAAGAAUUGGGCUGCUACCGCUCGUGGAGAAAGCGCCAAUUUUUGUCCACAAUUUGUGUCUGCCAUCCUCUUCCCACCUAAAGAUGUAGGUGGGUUAUCUAGCACAGAAGCUGUUCCCACAAAGGAAAAUAUUGUGAUGAAGAGGUUUGUUUUCAGUGGCUAUAAAAUAGCUGCUCUCAGAGAAAAAUAUUCUGAUAAACCCACCUUAGAAGAUAACAAGAUACAUCCAACGCGUGUGGAGGUGUUAUCAUCUUUUAUAUGGAGUCGUUUUGCUGCCUCCACUGGAACAAAGAUUGGGUUUGAAAGGCCUUACAUGCUGGUUCAAGCAGUGAAUUUGCGUAAGAGGAUGCAUGAGCCACUACCAGAUGAUUCAUUUGGGAAUAUAGCUGGACCGUCUGGGAUAAUUGUUUCAGAGGAUUCAGAAUCGAAAGAUGUCUAUAGUCUAAUCAGAAAGUUUAGAAAUGCAAUAAGCAAAAUCAACGGGGAUUAUGUGAUGAAACUGCAGGCUGGCGCCAUGGAAGACUUUGGUUUUUCUGUAACGAAUGAUGAAAGAUUGAACAAAGCAGAGAUGGUCAACUUCUGGUAUUCAAGUCUUUGCAGGUUUCCUGUGUAUGAAGCUGACUUUGGGUGGGGGAGGCCAAUAUGGAUAGCUUGGGGUGGCUUGCCUUACAGGAAUUUAGUCACUUUAAUGGACACCAAAGAUGGAGAUGGAAUUGAGGCAUGGGUUCACAUGACAGAAGAAGACAUGGCCAAAUUUGAAAAUGACCACCAUCUGCUUUCUUAUCUUUCUCCAACCUCAAACCCAUAAUAUUUCUAUUUUAAUGAAUAUAUUUAUAUAUAUUUGGAAUAAAUAUUUGUGCUUAUUUGA